AUGACAGCUGUCAAUGUCGCUCUAAUUCGAGAUACCAAGUGGCUGACUUUAGAAGUUUGUAGAGAAUUUCAGAGAGGAACUUGCUCUCGAGCUGAUGCAGAGUGCAGGUUUGCCCAUCCGCCAAGAGUUUGCCAUGUGGAAAAUGGCCGUGUGGUGGCCUGUUUUGAUUCUCUAAAGGGUCGGUGCACUCGAGAGAACUGCAAGUACCUCCACCCUCCACCCCACUUAAAGUCGCAGCUGGAAAUUAAUGGGAGGAACAAUCUGAUUCAACAGAAGACUGCCGCAGCCAUGUUCGCCCAGCAGAUGCAGCUUAUGCUCCAAAAUGCUCAGAUGUCAUCUCUUGCAUCUUUUCCUAUGAAUCCAUCACUUGCUGCUAAUCCUAAUAUGGCUUUCAAUCCUUACAUGCCUCAUCCUGGGAUGGGCCUGGUUCCUGCUGAACUUUUUCCAAAUACUCCAGUUCUGAUUUCUGGAAACCCACAUCUUGCAUUGCCAGGAGUUCCUGCCCCAAAACCAAUUCGUACAGAUAGACUGGAGGUGUGCCGUGAAUUUCAGCGUGGAAAUUGUACCCGUGGGGAGAGUGAUUGUCGAUAUGCUCACCCUAUGGAUGUUUCUAUGAUUGAGGUGUCUGAUAAUACUGUGACAAUCUGCAUGGAUUACAUUAAAGGUCGAUGCUCCCGGGAGAAAUGCAAGUAUUUUCAUCCUCCUCCACACUUGCAAGCCAAACUCAAGGCAGCUCAUCACCAGAUGAACCAUUCGGCGGCUGCUGCAAUGGCUCUGCCAUCUGGUGCACUUCAGCUGAUACCAAAGAGGUCAGCCCUUGAUAAGGCCAAUGGUGCCACUCCAGUCUUUAAUCCCAAUGUUUUCCACUGCCAACAGGCUCUGGCUAACAUGCAGAUUCCUCAGCAAGCAGCAUUUAUCCCUACAGGGCCAAUACUGUGCAUGGCACCCGCUUCAACUUUUGUGCCCAUGAUGCACGGUGCUACACCCUCCACUGUGUCUGCAGCAGCAACACCUGCCACCAGCGUUCCCUUCGUUCCAACAACUACGGGCAAUCAGUUGAAAUUCUGAGCAGCAGAGUUAUGGAG